AAUCAGUACGUUACUGGGUUGGCCCUUUGCGCCCUCGCUAACAUUGGUUCCACGGAAAUGUGUAUGUCGUUGAGUAGAGAGGUUGAACAGCUUCUUGUUGGGCCUGGCAGUUCGAGUCCUUAUGUGCAGAAAAAAGCUGUAUUGUGCGCGUUACGGAUUGUUAGAAAG